AUGAGGGUCAUCUACAUAUCCAAGAAGGACAGAUAUAAGCCUGGAGGCAGUCCAUUCGAGACGCAUCUGCUGCCCAUCAUUGCUGAUGUACUGGAAUUCACUGACCUUGUCACUCGAUUGCAUCUGGCGGCUACAUCUCCAACUGUACGAAAUGCAGUCUUUCAGCAGGAACGCAACAACUCGCAAUCCACGAACACGGUUGAUUCUGUGAUAACUCUAUGGGCGAACCUCAACUUCACAGCGAUUCCUGGAAAGGAACGCCUGACAGAUAAGCAACUUUGGUCCAUUUUUCAAAAUGUCGACGCAGUUUCAAAUGUGAAAGUACUUCGCCUCGGUGGAUGUCACAGUCUCCGUGGUACAUGUCUCGCGGCAUUGCAAGGAUCGACAACCCUGCAACGAGUUGAAUUCUGGGGCACUAGUGUUGCCAUUACCAGAGACUUUGUCCUCAGACUUUUCCGGCCAUUGCUGAGCAAGUCGCGCUCUCGAGAUUCGGAGGUCUUCAUACACUACGCCCCACCGCGCUUGACUCUUGGCAAGACUUCUUCCUUUACGUACCGCUAUCUGACAUGCCGGGACAGAGCAAUCUGCAGUACCUGCAGCACUCAGACCACGGAAAUCGCCAUGACUCCAUGCACACAUUGCGGACGCGACGUAUGUGGUGUUUGCUGCAGUCGCAUUGAGAACAAGGACUCAAAUCAUUGUCGACGUUGUGAGACCAUGCUGCUCUGUUCGGACUGCAGCCCCGUCGUCGGUUUUCUUACCUCCCUUGUGAGUCGCAGGAUGUGUGCACCCUGCGCUGGAAAUCUGGCAGAAUGUUUCUCUAACACGCAGAGACAUGAGGGGUGCUUCCUCCUUCCACCCCAGCAGCUGCGCUGA